AUGGAAGCCUUUACUGUGGCGCCUCUGUCGGUGCAGCCGGCCACGCCCGUCACACCGGCAGUGUUUCAGGCAUCACCAAACAUUGCACCACAGGCUGCGGGUAGCCAUGGCUUCACCCAAACCCUGCUGGGUGCGGCAACCGCCGCUGCCGCUGCACGUGGCGUGACCCGUGCACAACGCCAGAAGCGCCGGGCAACGCGACUGGCGCAGCCGGCCAGUUUGGAUGAGAAGAGGUUCCCAGUGCUGUCUCGCCGUGACCCCCCGGUUGGGUCCUUCCCCAAGAUGCCUGACUCCGUGCAUCCGGGCGUUGUUUCGGGUCAAGCCUUGGUGGAUCUGCUGAAUCACGCCAAAGAGAAUGGCUACGCCAUUCCAGCGGUGAACUGCGUCUCGUCCUCGUCCAUCAACGCCUGCAUCGAGGCCGCGCGGAAGAUGGACGCGCCCAUCAUGAUCCAGUUCUCAGCCGGCGGAGCGCAGUUCUACGCAGGCAAGGGCUUAGACAACAGCGAGUUCCACGCCGCCAUCGCUGGCGCCGUCAGCGGCGCCUACCACGCACGGGCUGUGGCGGAGCAGUAUGGCGUGCCGGUGAUUCUGCACACGGACCACUGCGCAAAGAAACUGCUGCCCUGGUUCGAUGGCCUGUUGGAGGCGGACGAGCGCUACUUUGAGCGUCACGGGGAGCCGCUCUUCUCGUCGCACAUGUUGGACCUUUCGGAAGAACCGUUGGAGGAAAACAUCGAGAUUUGCGUGAAAUAUUUGGAGAGGAUGGCCAAGGUGAACUGCGGCUUGGAAAUGGAGCUGGGAAUCACAGGUGGUGAAGAGGAUGGCGUGAACAACGAAGACGCCAAUCCUGAGGAUCUCUAUUCCACGCCCGAGGAGAUUUUCCAGGUCUACGACGCCCUGAGCAAAGUUCCCAAUGGUUUCUUCACCAUCGCCGCAGCCUUUGGCAACGUCCAUGGCGUGUACCAACCAGGCAAUGUGAAGCUGGAACCUACCAUCCUGGAUAAGGCUCAGAAGUACAUCUCCGAGAAGAUUGGUGCAGAGGAGGGUUCCAAGCCCGUGAGUUUCGUCUUCCACGGUGGCAGCGGCUCUGAUAUCAAGGAUAUCAGAGAAGCCGUCGAUUAUGGUGUCAUCAAGAUGAACAUCGACACGGACACGCAGUGGUCCUAUUGGAGCGGAAUCCGUGACUUUGAACAGAAGUACCACGACUACCUGCAGACACAGAUUGGAAAUCCUGAUGGAGAGGACAAACCCAACAAGACCCUCGGCUGGGAAGUGAUGCUGGACCCCAGUUGA